GUCUGUCGGGUUUUCUACACUCCACUCAGCAAGUUCAUGUAACGUUAGUACAGCCAUAAGGGGAUGGAGGAAAAACAGGAAGGCAUGGAUCCCGCGGUAGAAAAAACAAGCAAAACAGUCGACAUUUAUCGUGAUACAUGGGUCCGCUUCUUAGGCUAUGCCAAUGAGGUCGGUGAGGCUUUUCGUGCUCUGGUGCCAGUGAGUUUUGUAUGGGGCACCUAUGCUGUGGCCACUUUGUACGUUAGUGCUGAUGCUGUGGACAAAGGGAAGAAAGCAGCUGUGGCCCACGGGGACAACCCAGGGAAGACGACACGGGUAGCGGUGGCAGUGGUGGACACGUUUGUGUGGCAGGCCCUCGCCUCUGUCAUGAUCCCGGGCUUCACCAUUAACCGUGUGUGUGCUGCAUCACUAUACAUACUGGGCAGAACCACCAAGUGGCCCCUGCCUGUCCGCAAGUGGACCACCACAGCUAUUGGCCUCUCUACAAUCCCCUUCAUCAUCACUCCUAUAGACAGGUCAGUGGAUUUUCUGCUGGACUCGAGCCUUCGGAAGGUCUAUGGUGAAGGAGAGAAGCACAAAUAAGGAGGGACCAGUCCGCUCCAGUCUACAUAGUAGUGUUCUGGUUAUCCACCACUGUAAAGCACUAAAGAAGUGUGAAGAAGAAUUUCAUGGAGCAAGACUUUAAAGAUAGUCGAAGAUAUAUAUAAUAAAAUUGAUUUUAUUUCAGAAUUUUAAAAAACAUACCAUUAACCUCUCAGGGCAAUCUAGGUAGCAACACCAAAACAUGAUUUCACAGGAAUGUAAUGGUAUGAAAAAUAUAUAAAUUUUCCACUUGAAACAUUGAAAUCCCACUUCUUUAAGUAUUCUUCAGCAGGGAUACAGCAUACUGUUAUACUAUUAUAUUCCUGUGAUCCUCUUUACAGAAUCCAGGGUUUCCCUCAUGUUUUAGAGUUGUGAGCUGUGGCUCACCUCACGUCCAGAUGUCAUGGACAUUAAAUACAAAUCACACUUUCUUUGUUUAUUAGCCAUAUUCAGUGGUACUGUAAUGACAGGCCAGAAAGCCAGUUUGCCAUAAUGCCCCUCUUAGUCAUUACUUACUUACAAUUUGUCUUUUUUGUGUUUCUUUCUGAAAAACAAAAUUGUUUAUUACUUGGAAUAGAUGUUUCAAGAGUUUCUUCUGAUGCACUUUUCCAGUGUUUCAUUCUACCUUAUUGUUGGUCAUGGGAGCAAAAGUUUCCACUUGGAGCAUUUUUUUACACCAUUACAAGUAUUAUUCUCUGUUAAACUAAGAAUAGUUGUAGUAACAUCAACUAGUACUUGUUCAGUGAACCUCACAAGUAUUUGAAUUAUUUCUCACCAAUAUCUAUAACUGCUGGUCAAUAGAUUUGUAGUCAGACAAUUUUAAUGUACAAUAUUGUAACUUCUAAAGCUUUGGGUGUACACUUUUAACAUGUUUUCCUCCUCGAUGCAAAAGGGCAGAGAUUUCCAUCCAGUACAACAGAUUUAGGUUUGAACUUCUCAAAUACUUGUGGCGGUCAUUGUCGUACCUAUGCAGAAAAUUAUUAUAUUAUAAAAUAUUAUAUAUUUUAGAAAUAUACAAAUACUGUAUGUCUGUAUUCUUCAGUGCUUUUCUUUGAGUCACCAAGUCAUACUGUAUCUGCUGCUGAACUAUGCAAGGGAAAAACACAUUCUGUACAUACUAGAGCAUCACAAACUACAGGGAUCGUUCUCCCACUUCACAAUCAUCUAUAUGGUUAUGUAAUGUUAAAAUUGUGUGAAAUAAGAAGGGAAGUCUUAAAAUGUGGAUCAGCUGUCUCAACAUAGUGUAUUGGAAUGGUUGUCAUUGCCAGUUGUGUCGGUUUAGAAUCUUUGUGUCACAUCAUAUUGUUUUUGCAAUGAAGGAUGUGGUUCACUUUGUCAUGGAAAUAGAUGCUGAAAGAGAUUGUGAAAACCAGAUAAGGUCACAGUGCAACUAAUACAGUACUUUUUUAUUGGCUUUUUAAAUGAUUCAAACACAUGUGCUCAAGGCUCCAGUGUGUGCCGUUUUGGAUGUUUUCAUUCACUUAAGCAUAGAGCUUCCUGUUACCUUGUGUGAGUGUAAGGGUACAGACUUUUUUCACAUCAGACAAUUUAACUUUGAGCAGGAAAAGCAGAUGUGUAAAUAACAAACGCGCCAAAGUCAGAAGUGUACACAGUUUUAGUGUCCCAGUAAGCUAUACCACUGAUUAAUAGAGCAUAUAACAUGCACCUGGAACUGGGACACUUAAAUGUAAUGCCCCCAUAAUUAAUGUUAUUAAGUACACUUGUGCUUUUCCUGCUGUGACAUGUCAAAAUGUCUGUACUGAAAAAAAGCAUAUUGGUGCAUUGCUUGGGAAAAUCUAUAUAUUCAUAUAAACUUUUUAACAUUUACAUUGUACAUUGACCUUCAUUGUGUUUUUAUUGUUGUGUGCUGCAAAUGAAAAGGACUGGUUAACUUUUUUGAACAUUUUUUCAACGUUUUCUUAUGUGGCUGUGUGUUCGGAAGUGGGUUUUAUGAGUCACAUUUUCAGCCUUAACUGAAAAAGUCAAACCUCAGACUUUGUUCUGUGUACUGUAGCUCACAAGGUUCUGUAACACUGGAGAAAAAAAAAAUCCCCUUGUGAAUCUGAAGUGAAAUAAAUGAUGCAAUGAUGA